GUCCGUGCGCGCGCAGGAGCGCAAGAGCGGCGAUGACGUCAUCGGCAGGAGCUGAAUGGAGCGCAGGGGGUGAAUAAUUAAUGCCGAGCUCUGAUCUGAUGGAGGAGGGGGUGAAUAAUUCAGCGCGUCGGCGGAGCUGCGAGUCCCGCUGUGGAGCUCCAGCACGGGCAUGGGGUACAGCACAGGGCACCUCCAGCACCUCCAGCCCAUCUCUGAGCGUCCGGUCAUCAGUAGUUUCUAGCUUUAAGUUGAUCAUGAUGCUGUUGGAACCUCUCUGAGAGAGACGUGAGCGUGAAAGAGCUGAGGAGGUGAAGAUUAAAGUGAAGAGGAAACGCUUGUCCCGUGUCUCUGUAUGAGGAUGAUGAGCUCAGUUUUCACCAAGCUGGACCCCCGGCGGAUCGAGUGGGAGGCGUCAUGGUAUGGCCUUCACUCUCGCGUGCUGAGAACCAAACCGCUGCACUCCAUGCAGGAGGGUUCUGUGGAUCUACAUGGAACCACAAGGCUGGCGCAGGUUCUUACCACCGUGGACCUGGUGUCUCUCGGCGUGGGGAGCUGUGUGGGCACAGGCAUGUACGUGGUCGCCGGACUGGUUGCCAAGGAAAUGGCAGGACCAGGAGUGAUCUUGUCGUUUAUCAUCGCUGCUGUGGCAUCAAUUCUGUCAGGUGUGUGUUAUGCUGAGUUCGGCGUGCGUGUGCCGAAGACCACGGGCUCGGCGUACACCUACAGUUAUGUGACGGUGGGGGAGUUUGUGGCCUUCUUCAUCGGGUGGAACCUCAUCCUGGAAUACCUGAUCGGCACGGCGGCCGGAGCCAGCGCUCUCAGCAGCAUGUUCGACUCUCUGGCCAACCACAGCAUCAGCCGCUACAUGAUCACGCACCUCGGCACCCUGAACGGCCUCGGUAAAGGCGAGGAAUCGUACCCCGACCUGCUCGCCCUGCUCAUCGCCGUGCUUGUGACCGUGAUCGUAGGUGUUGGAGUGAAAAACUCUGUGGGCUUCAAUAACGUCCUGAACGUGGUGAACCUGCUGGUCUGGGUGUUCGUGGUGAUCGCCGGACUCUUCUUCCUGUCUGGAGAGAACUGGGAGGACGGCAGGUUCCUGCCCUACGGCUGGUCGGGGGUGAUGCAGGGAGCCGCGACUUGUUUCUACGCCUUUAUCGGGUUUGAUAUCAUCGCCACUACGGGAGAAGAAGCUAAAAGUCCGAACACCUCGAUUCCCUACGCCAUCACGGCUUCCCUCGUCACGUGUCUCACCGCAUACGUCUCUGUAAGCGUGAUCCUCACACUGAUGGUGCCGUAUAAUCAGAUCGACGGAGACGCUCCUCUGAUGGAGAUGUUCGCUGUUCACGGCUUCAUGGCAGGGAAGUACACGGUGGCCGUCGGAGCUGUCGCAGGACUCACGGUCAGUUUGCUGGGGUCGCUUUUCCCCAUGCCCCGGGUCAUCUACGCCAUGGCAGGGGACGGCCUGCUCUUCAGGUUCCUGUCCCAUGUGAGUCCGCACACAGAGACCCCGGUGGUGGCGUGUGCCGUGUCUGGGUUUCUGGCUGCGUUCCUGGCUCUGCUGGUCAGUCUGAGGGAUCUGAUCGAGAUGAUGUCCAUCGGCACACUGCUGGCGUACACACUCGUGUCUGUGUGUGUGCUGCUGCUCCGCUAUCAGCCUGAAGGAGACGGCUUCACUGACCUGACCAAAGAACCCGACCUUUACUCUCCCACCAGCGACGGGGACGAGUACGGCAACACGUACGGAGCCAAAAACCUCCCCUUACAGAGCGACGACGAGAUGCUCAUUAGCAAAUCAGACUCUGGUGGCUACCAGUCAGAGUCCUCGGGGUACAGCACGAGUGAGAAAGGUGCGGAGUUUGAGGAGUCGGACAGUUCCGUGGGUUCGCUGCUGAAGCGAGUGCUCGGGGGACGUUACUACACACUGCGGACGCGACUCGGACUUCCCGAGCCGGGCUCUCAGCCCACACCUGCUACGGGACGCACCGUCACCUUCUGCGUCCUCGUCCUCUUCGUCCUCUCGUUCCUGCUCUGGGCCAUCGUCAUAUACGGCCUCGACCGAGCCACAGGAGGCGCUCUCUGGGUUCUGGUUCCGGUCCUCAUCGGCAUCGUCAUCCUCAUGGCCGGUUUAAUCGUCGUCAUUCUGCGGCAGCCCGAGAGUCCGAAGCGCUUGCCGUACAUGGCUCCCUGCGUCCCCUUCGUGCCCACAGCUGCCAUCCUGGUGAACAUCUACCUGAUGCUCAAGCUGUCCGCCAUCACCUGGGUCCGCUUUGUUGUCUGGUGCUCUAUAGGUCUAAUGAUUUAUUUCGGUUACGGGAUGUGGAACAGUUCUCUGGAGCUGAGCGCGCGGGAGGAGGAAGCCCACGCCAGCUCGUAUCAGAGGUAUGACGCCGAAGUGGACGAGAGCUUGGCGGUGGAUGAUGACCUUCACCCUCAGGAGGAUGAAGAAGGAGGGCGGUAUCAGGGCUGGGCGGGUGAGGAGAGGGGCUACCAGAACCAGAUCCAGAAUCAGGUCCAGAAUCAGGACCAGUACCAGGACCACGACCAGUACCAGAACUACCAGCAGCAGGGUGAUGAACACAGGACGUCCACCAGAGGCCAGAAGUCCAGAGGAACGCGCAGUAAAGGCUUCGAGGAACUGCUUAAUGAGGACUAGCCUCAGAUCUGUGUGAAGUGUGGAGUUGAUUCUGUUUUAGUGACUUGACUCAGUUUCAGUGCUGUUUUGUUUUUGUCAACUUAUUGAUAUCUUUAUGUUUAUUAAUCCAGAAUUAUUGGCACCCUUCAUGAAAAUGAUAAAAAGUUUAUAUAUAAACUGAUUAACUUACUGGAUAUGGAGUAAAGAUUUAGUUUAACUAAACUACAACUGUUCUUGAGUAGUGUGUAAUUAUUCCUGCAAAAAAGUUUGGUUUAAAACUUUUGGAACCCACACUUUAAUUAUUCCUUUUUAAUGUAGUUUGUUAAGAAUAGCUGUUGUUUUUGACACAUCGUUUGGGGUAAUUGUUAAAAAAUUAUCCAGCUGUGUGAGUGAAAUGUUUAAAUCGUGAUGUUUAUUAAUACAAUAACUCUUUUGCCUGUUCUCUUAAAGGGUGCCAAUAAUUCUCGAGCUAUGUCAUGUAAAACUAAUUAAUAACCAUAGUGUAAAUGUGAAGAAGUGUUCAGCUCCAUAUAUCGCAGUAUUUAAGACUCUGGAACCCUGAAAGCAGCGACACGUCUGAGAAAGAAAAUCACAGACACAGAAUUAUGGGAUUCGAAUCAUUUUACAGGAAAUAUCAUGAUAUUAAAAUCUUUAUACAGAAUUUCAGAUUGAUUUGUACACACACGAGAAUGAAAAAAAACUGUAAAACUGUAAGUUUGUGUGUGUAAGUGUUCUUCGGCU